AUGGCCUUUGAUGCUAACGGUUUGUACGCUUCCGCCACGUCGGAUUUAGACAGCGAAUAUCCUAAAGCGGAAAGUGGUAGACCGUUUCUACCGGAAGAAAAUAAAGAAUUUGUUAAGCUCUUUAAUGAGCAGAUAUUCAGACCUAGAACGGCUAUUUUAAAAGUCUGGUUUGAAUAUCCUACUAACAUGUUCUUCCAACCCAUACCAGCUAAAGAUAAAAUUACUUUUACGAACAAAGAAGAAAUAGUUAAAGCCGGUGGACGAAUUAUUAGAAUAUUAGAUGGUAUAGUAUACGAAGAAAAUUUUAAAACUCCACCAUAUAGAGAUUAUAUUUUAAUUUUGAGAGAUCUAAGAAAUAAAUAUAAACGAGAAGGUAAUAUCGUAGGUAGUAAUUGCAUGAAAUUAUUAGGUAAUUCAUUGUAUAGUAAAUCUAUUCAGAAGGAUAUAACUACAUCGAGACAUUUACGGAGUGAAGCAACUUUAAAAGCCAACUUCGAUUCACACGUCAAAAGCUAUCCUAAAGUAAAUGAGACUCAAUAUAUCCUUGAGAUAAAUGAAGAAGAAAAUAUAUUUGACUGUAUACCUCCUAAAUCUACACGACUAACACCUAGUCAUUUGGGGUCAUUCGUAUUAUCUCACAGUAAAAAAUAA